AGCAAAGGUAGAGAAGCCCCUGGCUCCGCUGCACCGGGACCUGGAGGGUUGAGCCUCUGGGCCGAGCACACCAGGAUCCCAGCCUGAGGACAGCCCGCCGCUCUCCAUGGUACUGCGGAGAGCUCAGCUCCGCCCUUCUCUUUCAGGAGGACAGCACCCAGCGUCACGUAACCCAGCCUUUUCGGGCUCCACCACCGCCUCCUCCUUCCCAGCUCUUUCCCUUUCCUCCUCCUCCUCCUCCUUCUCCUCCUCCUCCUUCUCCUCCUCCUCCUGCUCCUGCUGCUGCUCCCCUCCGCUGCUUGUUCUCCCCUCCCGCACUCCUGGAGAUAGACGCUCAAGCCUGACGCUUCUGAAAAGGCAGUGGCAGUCGCCCUACCCACAGACCUCAGGAAAUUGGCUUUGACCGAUGCAUACUUCAGGCUCUGGCUCGAACUAGGGGAAAACCAGGCAGAUGUCUGGGUCCUUAUAAAAGACAAAAUAAAAACGAAAAAUGCAUCACCAACAAAGAACCAAUUGAUAUGCUGACAUCUUAGCUUGGCCUUGCAGAGGCGGAGAGAUAAGAAGAGGAGCUGUUGUAAUUUCUACAUCUAACAGCUUCUGGCUAUUUCACAGCUUCUUGAGUUUAAACCCUACUAGUGGGGAGGGAAAAAGGAAAAAGCAAAGUCCAUCUUGUGAGGUCAUGCACAAGGAAUUCGGCUUUGCCUACACUGUUUCUGGGAACCCAUGAUAUGACAGAAGAAAACAGGCGUUUGAAGUUAUUCUGGGGGUAGUAACUGAUGCUCUAGAAGCCCCUUUCUUCUUGAUGGUUUAAGUCACUGUAUCAGGAGGAGCAUCACUGGAGGGAUUCACAAACACCCAAGGAUCCGGAUUCCAAAGUGUUUACUUCUUUUCCUGACCUUAACUGCUUUCUUUUCUUUUCUGUUGCCACUGAUGGUACCUGGCAUAUGGUGGCAUUGGAGGAGUGAAGCAUUUGUGGACACCACUGAUGCCAUCCAAUCCGUUCAUUGAACUCAAAUGGAUCACUGAUUGCCCUUGACUUCUUCCUGACUGCCUUUUUGCAGAACUGUUGCUUCUGAAGUGUCUCCUCCUCCCUUUGGAUCUGGAAGUCCUGAGGCUGCUCUGCACCACUGGGGUCUGCUGCUUCUGCUUGGGAGGGGAAUCCAAGGAAAGAGGGCAAGGCUGUUGGAAGAAGAAAAAAAGGGCUAAGUAAAAAAAAAAAAAAAAAAAGCAGGGUGGCGGCAACAGCCCACGUGUCUCCUCCACACCCUGCCCCUGCUUUCUCUCCAGACCCUUCUUUCGACGCCAAGCUGUCCAGGCCCAUUUUGACCCUGUCGGCCCCGGCAGCCCCCCGCCGUACCCCCGCCCCGAGCAUGGGGACUGCGGUGCUGCUGCAGCGCGGGGGGUGCGUCCUGCUGUGUCUUUCCCUGCUGCUCCUGGGCUGCUGGGCCGAGCUGGGCAGCGGGCUGGAGUUCCCCGGCGCAGAGGGCCAAUGGACGCGCUUCCCCAAGUGGAACGCGUGCUGCGAGAGCGAGAUGAGCUUCCAGCUCAAGACCCGCAGUGCACGCGGGCUCGUGCUCUACUUCGACGACGAAGGUUUCUGUGACUUCCUGGAGCUCAUCUUAACGCGCGGCGGCCGCCUGCAGCUCAGCUUCUCCAUUUUCUGUGCCGAGCCCGCCACGCUGCUGGCCGACACCCCGGUCAACGAUGGCGCCUGGCAUCACGUGAGGAUCCGCCGGCAGUUCCGCAACACCACUCUGUUCAUCGACCAGGCCGAGGCCAAGUGGGUGGAGGUCAAGUCCAAGCGGCGCGACAUGACGGUGUUCAGCGGCCUGUUCGUCGGGGGGCUGCCGCCCGAACUGCGUGCCGCGGCACUCAAGCUGACGCUGGCGGCCGUGAGGGAGCGGGAGCCCUUCCGGGGCUGGAUCCGCGACGUGCGCGUCAACGCCUCGCAGGCCCUGCCCCUGGACAGCGGCGCGGUGAAGCUGGAUGACGAGCCGCCCAGCAGCGGUGGCGGCGGGAGCCCGUGCGAGGCCGGCGACGAGGGCGAGGGCGGCGUGUGCCUCAACGGUGGCGUAUGCUCCGUGGUGGACGACCAGGCCGUGUGCGACUGCUCGCGGACCGGCUUCCGCGGCAAGGACUGCAGCCAAGAAGACAGCAAUAUGGAAGGUCUGGCGCACCUGAUGAUGGGCGACCAAGGAAAAGAAGAAUAUAUCGCUACUUUCAAAGGAUCUGAGUACUUCUGCUACGACUUGUCUCAAAAUCCCAUUCAAAGCAGCAGCGAUGAAAUAACUCUGUCCUUUAAAACUCUUCAGAGGAAUGGACUGAUGCUUCACACUGGGAAAUCAGCUGAUUAUGUCAACCUUGCCCUGAAAAAUGGAGCUGUCUCUCUGGUCAUUAAUUUGGGAUCAGGGGCCUUUGAAGCACUAGUGGAGCCUGUGAAUGGAAAGUUUAAUGAUAAUGCCUGGCAUGAUGUGAAAGUCACCAGGAAUCUGCGUCAGCACUCAGGCAUUGGACACGCUAUGGUAACAAUAUCAGUGGAUGGGAUUCUUACCACAACGGGCUACACGCAAGAAGAUUAUACCAUGCUGGGGUCUGAUGACUUUUUCUAUGUUGGAGGCAGUCCCAGCACAGCUGACCUUCCAGGGUCACCAGUCAGUAACAACUUUAUGGGCUGUCUCAAAGAGGUUGUAUAUAAAAAUAAUGAUGUACGGUUGGAAUUAUCACGACUUGCCAAACAAGGAGACCCUAAGAUGAAGAUCCAUGGAGUGGUGGCAUUCAAAUGUGAAAAUGUUGCAACUUUGGACCCAAUCACCUUUGAAACCCCAGAGUCUUUCAUCUCUUUGCCUAAAUGGAAUGCUAAGAAAACAGGCUCCAUAUCAUUUGAUUUCCGUACCACAGAGCCCAAUGGCCUCAUCUUAUUCAGCCAUGGCAAGCCAAGACAUCAAAAAGAUGCCAAACACCCACAGAUGAUAAAGGUUGACUUCUUUGCUAUUGAGAUGCUGGAUGGACACCUCUACCUCCUCCUGGACAUGGGGUCAGGUACAAUAAAAAUCAAAGCCCUUCAGAAGAAGGUGAAUGACGGAGAAUGGUAUCAUGUGGACUUCCAGAGAGAUGGACGAUCAGGUACCAUUUCUGUCAAUACUUUGCGCACCCCCUACACUGCUCCUGGUGAGAGUGAGAUUCUGGACCUGGAUGAUGAGUUGUACCUAGGGGGUUUGCCAGAAAAUAAGGCUGGCCUUGUCUUCCCCACCGAGGUGUGGACUGCUCUGUUGAAUUACGGCUAUGUGGGUUGCAUCAGAGAUUUAUUCAUCGAUGGCCAGAGCAAAGAUAUCCGGCAAAUGGCUGAAGUGCAAAGUACUGCUGGGGUGAAGCCCUCCUGUUCAAGGGAAACAGCAAAACCGUGCCUUAGCAACCCCUGCAAAAACAACGGCAUGUGCAGGGAUGGGUGGAACAGAUAUGUCUGCGAUUGUUCCGGAACAGGCUAUCUUGGCAGGUCCUGUGAGAGAGAGGCAACAGUCCUGAGCUAUGAUGGGAGUAUGUUUAUGAAAAUCCAGCUCCCAGUGGUGAUGCAUACAGAAGCCGAGGACGUGUCCUUGAGGUUCCGAUCCCAGCGUGCAUAUGGCAUUCUCAUGGCGACCACCUCGAGAGACUCCGCAGACACCCUCCGCCUGGAGCUGGAUGCAGGGCGCGUCAAAUUGACGGUCAAUCUAGAUUGUAUCAGGAUUAACUGUAAUUCCAGCAAAGGUCCCGAGACCCUUUUCGCUGGCUAUAACCUCAAUGAUAAUGAAUGGCACACAGUGCGUGUGGUUCGUCGAGGAAAAAGUUUAAAGUUAACAGUGGAUGACCAACAGGCCAUGACAGGUCAAAUGGCAGGUGAUCAUACAAGGCUGGAGUUUCAUAACAUAGAGACUGGAAUUAUUACAGAAAGACGGUAUUUGUCUUCUGUGCCCUCCAACUUCAUUGGACAUCUGCAGAGUCUGACAUUUAAUGGAAUGGCAUAUAUUGACUUGUGUAAAAACGGUGACAUUGAUUAUUGUGAGCUCAAUGCCAGGUUUGGAUUCAGGAACAUCAUAGCAGACCCUGUCACCUUCAAGACCAAAUCGAGUUAUGUUGCCUUAGCUACGUUGCAAGCCUACACUUCUAUGCAUCUUUUUUUCCAGUUCAAGACUACAUCCCUAGAUGGACUAAUUCUGUAUAACAGUGGGGAUGGAAAUGACUUUAUUGUGGUUGAAUUGGUUAAAGGGUACUUACAUUACGUGUUUGAUUUGGGAAAUGGUGCUAACCUCAUCAAAGGGAGCUCAAACAAACCUCUCAAUGACAAUCAGUGGCACAAUGUGAUGAUAUCAAGGGACACCAGCAAUCUCCACACUGUAAAGAUUGACACAAAAAUCACAACACAGAUCACUGCAGGAGCCAGAAACUUGGACCUCAAGAGUGACUUGUAUAUAGGAGGAGUGGCUAAAGAAACAUACAAAUCCUUGCCAAAGCUUGUCCAUGCCAAGGAGGGAUUUCAAGGCUGCCUGGCUUCAGUUGAUUUAAAUGGACGACUUCCAGACCUCAUCUCAGAUGCACUUUUCUGCAAUGGACAGAUUGAAAGAGGAUGUGAAGUUGCAUUGAUGAAAGCUGACUUGCAAGGACCCAGCACCACCUGCCAAGAGGACUCGUGUUCCAAUCAAGGUGUUUGCUUGCAGCAAUGGGAUGGCUUCAGCUGUGACUGCAGUAUGACUUCCUUCAGUGGGCCACUCUGCAAUGACCCCGGGACAACAUAUAUCUUUAGCAAAGGCGGUGGACAAAUCACAUAUAAAUGGCCUCCUAAUGACCGACCAAGUACACGAGCAGACAGAUUGGCCAUAGGAUUUAGUACUGUUCAAAAAGAAGCUGUAUUGGUGCGAGUGGACAGUUCUUCUGGCCUGGGUGACUACCUAGAACUUCAUAUACAUCAAGGAAGAAUUGGAGUUAAAUUUAAUGUUGGGACAGAUGACAUCGCUAUUGAAGAGUCCAAUGCAAUCAUUAAUGAUGGGAAAUACCAUGUAGUUCGUUUCACGAGAAGUGGUGGAAAUGCCACAUUACAGGUGGACAGCUGGCCUGUGAUUGAGCGCUAUCCUGCAGGAAACAAUGAUAACGAGCGCCUGGCGAUUGCUAGACAGCGAAUUCCAUAUCGACUUGGUCGAGUAGUUGAUGAAUGGCUACUCGACAAAGGGCGUCAGCUCACAAUCUUCAAUAGCCAAGCAACCAUAAUAAUUGGCGGGAAAGAGCAGGGCCAGCCCUUCCAGGGCCAGCUUUCUGGGCUUUACUACAAUGGCUUGAAAGUUCUGAAUAUGGCAGCCGAAAAUGAUGCCAACAUCGCCAUAGUGGGAAAUGUGAGACUGGUUGGUGAAGUGCCUUCCUCUAUGACAACUGAGUCGACAGCCACUGCCAUGCAGUCAGAGAUGUCCACGUCAAUUAUGGAGACCACCACAACCUUGGCAACCAGUACAGCCAGAAGAGGGAAACCCCCUACAAAAGAACCUGUUAGCCAGACCACAGAUGACAUCCUUGUGGCCUCAGCAGAGUGUCCCAGCGAUGACGAGGACAUUGACCCCUGUGAGCCGAGCUCAGGUGGGUUAGCCAACCCAACUCGAGCAGGUGGGAGAGAGCCAUACCCAGGAUCAGCCGAAGUAAUUCGGGAGUCCAGCAGUACCACAGGCAUGGUGGUGGGGAUAGUAGCUGCUGCUGCCCUGUGCAUCCUCAUCUUGCUCUAUGCCAUGUACAAGUACAGAAACCGGGAUGAAGGUUCAUACCAUGUGGAUGAAAGUAGAAACUACAUCAGUAACUCAGCACAGUCCAAUGGGGCUGUUGUAAAGGAAAAACAGCCCAGCAGUGCAAAAAGCGCCAACAAAAAUAAGAAAAACAAGGAUAAAGAGUAUUACGUCUGAUCCCAAGAUCUUAAAAGGACCCUUGUAUAGAAAUAGUCUUCAUUUUAUCCGAGACAUAAUAUAAACUUAUUUACUUUCCUUUUUAUGAAGCACAUACAAAAAAAAAAAAGAGGACAGGGAAUGCAAUCAGGAAGGAAAGACUGUUUUUUAAAAAUUAAAAAAAAAAUAACCAAGUAUCUCAUGCUCUUGUUUCUCCAAAAAAGAAAAACAAACAAACAAAAAACAGGGGCCAAUAAAUUCCCUAACAUCCACAGUGUUUUCAUUUACUCUGCCUGUCUUUAUGUUGCUGGGACAUUCCUAAGAGACAGUGAUGACCGCACGCAUCCAUAAAGCAAAGGAGUAUUAUACAACAUCAAGGCACAACACACGAAAAUGAUAACAAAAAAACAACACACUACACAACACACAUACAAAAAAAAAUAAAUUUAAAAGAAGCUACCUAUGAUCCUGGAUUUAGCCAAAGUGCUAGUGCUUUCCUGAAAAGUCAGUUAGUCUGAUUGCCAGAGAAGACUGUCAAUUUGAGUGACUCAACCUACAAACCCUUUAAGAGUUUGCCACCUGGUGCAACGGGAGCAGUGGUUGGAACUUGCAUUUGAAACAAAGUGCUGGCUUUUUUGAAGACUUGUGUAGGAACACAUUCAAAAAGCCCUUUUCUGGUUGUGUGGGGCGGGGGAGAAAAAAAGUACGGAGGCCUUAUUUUCAACAAUGCGAAAUAUAAGGCACAUUUUCACACUGAAAUUUCAAAAACAAGAGGGCAUAGAUGCAAUCAUUGGGAAAUUAUCAUGCACGCUUAAUGUUACUACAUAUGUUUAUAUAAAAUCCAUCUCUGUGUGAUUUCUGGACUGUGGUAAGUGAUGUUUUAUAGCCUGUUGUAUAGAAAAAUACAAAAAUAUAUCUCUGCUCUUCAGCCAUUUUUGGUAAAUUCAAUGUUAUAAGUGUUGCUAAGUAUAGGCAGUUUAUGACAUCGGAGCAACAAUUAUUUCAGGGUUUGGGGGUUUUUUUUUGGUCACCAUUAUAAAUUGCCACAGUUACUUCUUUUUAAAGAAAUUACAAGGUAGUGUUUAUUCUAAAGGAGAUAUGUAUGAAUGUAUAUAAAAAGACUCAGCUACUUUUUUUCUUACAUGUACAGCUUUCAUUCUGUUGCAAUUAAGUUUUAGUAUUGUAUGAAAGGUGUGAAUUAGAAGGUAAAAUAUACACAUAUGUACCUUAUAAUAUUCUUUUCUCCCUAAUAUGCUCACCACAUACUUUUCCAUUCACAUACAUGCACACACACACACACACACACACACAAACACACACACAGACAAAGGUGAAUCCAUCAAAUACAUGGAUGAGUCAAACAUAUCUAUAUCUCUAUAUAUAAUACAAUUAUUUACCUACAAAUUGAAAAAAAAAGAAAGAAGGUUGUGCCAAGGUAUUGAUGAUAAAUGGGGUGAUUUGCUUCAUUAAGACCAUGCUCCCAGGAAACCCCCCCAAAGAUUUUAGUCCCUAAUGAAAUGGAACCUUUCAUUAAUAGAUAGAAUAUCACUGAUAUAUUGCUGCAUGAGUAUGAACCAUUAUGUGGGCAGGUUAUGGUAGCAGAAUUUGUUGAUCUACAUCUGAAGCCUGGCUGCUGUAAUGAAAGCUUUGUUUCCACUAGAAGUAUAUGGGAAUAUAUAUAUAUAUAUAUAUAUAUAUAUAUAUAUAUAUAUAUAUAUGUUUCUGAACCUGAUGUGCAUGGUAAACAUUUUUGGAAAGUAAACAUUUUCUCAACUAAGAAAGUAUUUUUCAGUAAUUUUUCUUAUUCUGUAUUACUAUCUAUUAAAACCAUCAUUGAUUAUUGACUAUAUUUUAACUUUACUGGUUUUGCAUAUAUAUAAUCAUUCAAAAUAGUUUUAAUUUAACACAUAACAAGUAGCAGAAAGUACAGAAUAUACACUUGUUUUUCAUAUGGUUUCAAGGAUGUUCAUAGCAAUAAAUUAUUAGUAUGAGAAGGUAAUGCAAAGGAAAUGCAUUUUUAGAUUGGAGGAUGAUAUCUUAGUAAAAGUCGGUCACAUUAACAUCUCCUAAAAGAUAUUUGCUUUCAUAGGAGAAACUAUUACCUUUGAAAUUAGCUUAAAUCAGCAAAAGCAAAAAAAAAAAGAAAUAAUAGCAAAACAUUCUUUGUGAUAUUUAAUUGAUGAAGAAAGUCAAUAAGUGAUUUUCACACAUAAAAUAUGCAUAACUCAUCGCAAAUCACCACUAUCUAUGAUUGCCAAUUAAUGGCUGUAUAUGAAAAAUUUAAAGGUUUUUUGUGACUCAGAAAGUAGAAGUAUAGAGCUCAAAUUUAAUGUCCAUUAUUUGUGUUUCAAUUUUUUUUCUUUUUCCAAUUUGCCAGGUUAAAUCAUUCAUAAGUCCCAUCCCCCCCCAUUCAGUCUUACUCAGGGAAAGCCAGUGAAAUAAGAAAGUAAAUAUAUAACUACUAAUUUACAGCUUGAAGUUUUAGAAUAAAUGACUACUUUUCCAUUUGAUCUGUUGUACUUGGACUAGUUUCCAUCUGGAAAGCUUCUAGAAUAUGAUAGAAAAUAAAUUGAAUAAUGGUAUGUCUAGGCAGUAUAUCUAUCAAUGAAACAUAUUAUUGGGAAUUGAUUUCAACAUUUCUUUCCAGCAUAAAUUAAAAAAAAAAUCUCAUGUAAUAAUAUGAUCUAAUUUUUUUUUCAGCAAAAAGAUUCCUAACACUGUUGGCCUUCACAGAACCUAGGACUAAUUUUUUUCUUCUUCCUUUCUUUGUGAAUGGAGAAAGAAAAAGAGAGAAACAUAAGCUAGAGAGAGAAAAAGACAUAAAUAAAAUCCCAAAUAUCUUCAUACCAAAUGUAUCAGGGUUCCAUGCAUAGCUUGAAGUUAAUAAACUAUUUCAUACUACCUGGCAUAAAUCUGAUUAUAUCUCUAAACUGUAACUUUUAUGAUUGAGUAUGCUUUUUUUUAAUCCAUGUAAUGUGUUGCCCUUUUUUUUUUUUAACAAAAAAAGAAUAUUACAAUAAUGUGUAAUGUGGCCAAUCCCUAAAACAUUCAAGAAAGGCCACAUGACCUACCCUUUCUAGUGCUUUGUGUGAUUGGGUAUCUAAGGGUUUUGUUUGUUUUUUUCUGUUGCAAGGCCAAUUUAUCCAUUAUUGGAAAUGCUAAGCAAGUGGACUUUACUGUUUUGUUAAUAAAAUAUUUCUUAAUACAA